AUGCCACGUACAUAUGACGAAGAAUGUAGUUUUAUCGAACGAGUUUCAGCAGUACAGUUUCGUAUAAAAAAAGGAUUUGUACCAAAUAUGAAUGUCGAAGGGCGAUUUUACGUAAAUAAUGCCUUAGAAAAAUUGAUGUUUGAGGAACUUCGCAAUGCGAGUCGUUCAGAUGGUAUUGGUGGAUUUCUUCCUGCCGUUCGUCAGAUUGGCAAUGUGGCUGCAUUGCCAGCUAUUGUUUCGGCAUCAAUAGGACUCCCCGAUAUACAUUCUGGUUACGGUUUUGCUAUAGGCAAUAUUGCUGCUUUUGAUGUGUCUGAUCAAAAGGCUAUCGUAUCUCCAGGUGGUGUAGGUUUUGAUAUAAAUUGCGGUGUUCGUUUGAUUAGAACAAGUCUUUCUGAAAAUGAUGUUCAGCCGGUGAAAGAACAAUUAGCUCAGUCAUUGUUUGAUCAUAUCCCAGUUGGUGUUGGAUCAAAAGGAAUCAUACCUAUUGGUGCAUCUCAAUUCGAGGAAUGCUUGGAGAUGGGAAUGGACUGGACACUACGUGAAGGUUAUUCAUGGGCGGAAGAUAAGGAACACUGCGAGGAAUAUGGGAGGAUGUUGCAAGCAGAUUCUACAAAGGUCUCUCCACGAGCAAAAAAACGAGGUCUACCACAGUUAGGGACACUGGGUGCGGGAAAUCAUUAUGGUGAAGUACAAGUCGUUGAUGAGAUUUAUGAUAAAUACGCGGCUAGCAAAAUGGGUAUUGAUCAUAUCGGUCAGGUCUGCGUAAUGAUACAUUGUGGCAGUAGAGGCUUAGGUCACCAAAUAGCAACUGAUUCUUUAGUAGCUAUGGAAAAAGCGAUGAAAAGAGAUGCUAUUGUUGUAAAUGAUCGUCAGUUGGCUUGUGCUCGUAUUAGUUCUGUUGAAGGUCAGGAAUAUUUGAAGGGAAUGGCUGCGGCUGCCAAUUUUGCUUGGGUGAACCGUUCUUGCAUGACAUUUUGUGCUCGUCAGGCUUUCGCUAAAGUGUUCAAUAUGUCUCCAGAUGAUCUCGAUAUGCAAGUGAUAUAUGAUGUUAGUCAUAAUAUAGCGAAAAUUGAAGAACAUUUAAUUGAUGGCAGGCCAAAACAAUUGUGUAUCCAUCGUAAAGGAUCAACGAGAGCUUUUCCACCUCAUCAUCCACUAAUUCCUGUUGAUUAUCAGUUAUCAGGUGAUAUAAAAAGUCAGCCUGUUCUUAUUGGUGGAACAAUGGGUACUUGUAGUUACGUUUUAACUGGGACGCAGCAGGGCAUGAAUGAAACUUUUGCCACAACUUGUCAUGGUGCAGGUCGUGCUCUUUCUCGCGCCAAGUCGAGACGAAAUAUUGACUUCCAAGAUGUUUUGGAUCGUAUGAAACAAUUAGGCAUUUCCAUUCGUGUGGCAUCACCAAAGCUUGUCAUGGAAGAGGCGCCGGAAUCAUAUAAAAAUGUGACAGAUGUGGUGAAUACUUGCCAUGAAGCAGGAAUUAGCAGAAAAACGGUCAAACUACGCCCUGUCGCUGUUAUUAAAGGAUAA